UCCUCCAAAUCCAGAAUUAGGACACCACAGUACAGCUUCCUUGGCUGGUAGGUACCUCCCAAAAUGAGAGGAGUUUCAUGCUGAGUCCUGAGUUUGAUGUCCGUGCUGGGCCAUGUCUCUCCUUCCAGAAAAAACUGGCCACCCUGGAACUUCUGUAUUCUUUCUUCUUACCUCAGUAUUCUCCUCUGGAACACAGCUUCCCCAUCAGCCCAGCUCUGGUCAUUGUCAGCCCCAAUCUGCUAGACUUCCUGAUUGGAAACUUUGGAGUCACUUAUUUUUUUAAACCCUUAUCUUCUAUCUUAGAAUCAAUACUAAGGCAGAAAAGUACUAAGGGCCAGGCAAUAGAGAUUAAGUGAUUUUUGCCCAGGGUCACAUAGCUAGGAAGUAUCUGAAGUCAAAUUUGAACCCAGGACCUCCUAUCUCUAGUCUCAGUCACUUUUUAAAGUUUAAUUUUUUAAAAUUAAAUUUUUUAUUUUAUUUAAUUGAUUAAUUAAGAAAAUUUUUCCAUUGUUACAUGAUUCAUGUUCUCUCCCUCCCCUCCUCCCCCCCCCCACCCCCAUAGCCAAUGCACAAUUCCACUGGGUUUUACACGUGUCAUUGACCAAGACCUGUUUCCAUAUUAUUGAUAUUUGCACCAGGGCGAUCAUUUAGAGUCAACAUCCCAAAUCGGCCCAUGUGAUCAGGCAGCUGUUUUUCUCCUGUGUUUCCGCUCCCCCAGUUCUUUCUCUGGAUAUGAAUAGUGUUCUUUCUUGUAAAUCCCUCAGAAUUGUCCUGGAUCGUUGCAUUGCUGCUAGUAGAGAUGUCCAUUACAUUCGAUUGUGCCACAGCGUCAGUCUGUGUACAAUGUUCUGGUUCUGCUCCUUUCACUCUACAUCAAUUCCUGGAGGUUCUUCCAGUUCACAUGGAAUCUGGAGUCACUUUUAACAAUUCCUUCUCUACUGUUGCUCCUCUAGUCAGGCCCUUAUUGCUUAAUGCCUGCGAUCCUAGCCUAUGUGGCCUUCCUGUCUUUAGGUGUAGUAAUUAGAUUCAAAUGUAGAUUCUGACACCUAGUAGUUCUGUGAUGCUCUAUAAAGUGGGAAUAACCAUAUCUAUAUUCCAGGAGUUUUUUGAGUAUCAAAUGGGAUGAUAUAUUUAGAGCAUUUUGUAAAUAGGGAGAACAAGCCCUGGACAUCUGAUUUCACUAAUGCAAAAAAACUCCCUCUACCAAUACAGCUCACUCCCAGCCCUGAAACUUAUAGUCUCAAUAAUAAUAAUAGCUAGCAAUUUAUAGAGUGUCUUGAGGUUUAUAGAACAUUUCUGAAAUCUAAUAUUAUCCUCACAACAACCCUGGGAGAUAGUUGCUACUCUUAUUUGCAUUUUACAAAUGAGGAAACUAGCAGACAAAGGUUACAUAAUUUGCCCAUGAUCCUAUAGCUAGUAAAUAUCUGAGGUCAGGAUUUGAACUCUGGUCUUCUUGAUUCCAAGCUCAACAUUAGCCACUGUGCCACCUAGUAAUAGAUUAUUCUAAUAUAUUAAUAUUGAACAUAUUUUAAUUUAUGAAAUCAAUGAUAUUCUGCCCAAGCUUCAAAGCCCUCCACCAAUUGAAUGACUAUUUCCUAAAGACCUCCUAUUGAAAAAGAAGUCCAAUUGAGAAAACAUAAUCUAUGCCCUCCAAGAAUUUAUAAUCUAGUGGAAAGGAGAGAAGAAGAUUGCAAAUCACCAACUCUUACUUUAUCCAUGCCUCCAGCAAAGGGCCAAAGGACUCAAUCCUAUUGUUGGAUCUUGGCUCCUACUAUUCCUUCCUCCUGGAAUCCCUUCCCUUUCUACUCCAUUGAGUCAAUACCAAACAUUAUGAGUUCCCCUUAUAUAUAAAUGAGCAGAGGAUUUCUUAUCUAAUCUCUACACUUUGGAGAGAAGAAAAAGGAAGCAGGAUCUCUCAUCUGACUGGCUGCUUCCCAUCUACUUGCUUCCAGUGUGACUAUUCUCACACCUGGUCAUAUCAGUCAUUGGAGUGAUUCUGAAUUCCUAUAGGUCAUCACCCCAGCCAUAUUCCCCAUCCACCCCCAACCUGAUUCCUUAUUCCCAUCCCCUUUAACCCUCCUGCUCCCAGUUGUAAGGAAACACCACCCAAUCCUUCCAUUUUGCCCUGUGGAAUGCCUGUUCCCUAAGCAACAAACUUCUCUUUAUCUUUAAUCUUCUUCUCUUUGACUCCACCUGUCUACUAAAUCUACUAUUCUAAUGCUCUCCUGGUGGUACUGUGAGUUGUUCCAACCAUUCUGAGUUCUAGUGUGAACCUAUGCCAAAAAAGUGAUUGAAUUGUGCACAUACUCAGACCAAAUUAUGACACUACUAGAGCAAUAUCCCAAAGAGAUCGAAGAAAGGGGAAAAGUCCCGUGUGCACAAGAAUAGUUAGUCAACAAGCAUUUACUAUGUGCCUGACACUGCUAAGCCCAGAGUAUACAGGAAAAAGCAAAAACAAGAUCCUUGCCUUCAAGGCGCUCACAAUCUAAAGGGGAAGAAAACACAUAAACAACACUUGUCCAUACAAGAGAUAUAGAGGGCAAAUGCAAGGUGACCUGAGAAGGAAGGCCUUACUGGAAAAGCCUCUUUCUGAAGGUGGGAUUGGAGCUGAAUCCUGAAGGAUGGAGGUCAGGAGGCAGGCAGUCUUCUUGUAGCAAAGAACUGAAAACAGAAUGGGUGUUGUAAGAGAGAAAAGACAGGUAGUAGCUUUUGCAAAAGUCUGGUGUAGGACUUUGCAGAGAGAGGGCUGGCACAUGCACUGAACUGAAAGAGAGAUUCCAGAGUAUGAGGAAGAUAUAAAAGGAAGCAGUUAGGGGAAAAUAUUUCUGUGUCUUCAAGGGUUUUGAAGAGACCACUUCCUGCCGUUGGUCAGACCAAGAAGAAGGUUACCUAACUUCCUUUGGAAGCCAUUGGUUCCUGUUUUCUGUGAUCCAGUCAUCGAAUCAUCGAGUGAGAUAUCCUAUCCACCUUGUCUUCACUAUAGUCUAAUUUAGUUCCUGAGAUCCAGUGCCAUAAGGGAUUUUGAACCAACUAAGAAGAACCCUACCAGAGCCCAGUGACCUGUCUGUGAGAGUGAAGGUGCAGCCAUUUUGGCUCAGCCCCAAGAGGGCAAAUUCCUCAGUUACCAACUGAUGAACUAUAACUCGUCAAAUAUUGAAUUUGAGGACCAGUUAGAUUAGGAAGUUAGAUAGGGUUUUUUUUUGAAAGGUCAGAGAGUGUAAUUGAGGCAGUAUCAAGAUCAAGAAGACAACUCCAUGAGAGGUCUGUAGAUUUUGGGAGAUUUCGAGGGGAAAGAGUUAGGGUCACCUUUUCCUUGAUCCUCCAUCCUUUCCUGAGUCAAAGAAAGCAAAUAAACCAAUUUACUGUUUUAUAUCAUCAAAAAACAGUCAGAUUGCAUCAAACCAUCCUACUGCAGGUGAGGACUACCAUCUGGGUUUACAGACUGUUACCAGCUAAAACCGGGUUCAGCACUGAACCUUUUAACACAAAAACCUUUUAACACAAACAAUUUACAUAUUUCAGUUGGCAGAGCCAGCAUAGGCAAGGUUAUAGAAAAUUUGGGUGGAUUUUUAGGCCAAAAAGCCAACUUUUAGCUUUCAAACAAAUCUUGGCCUGUGGGACACUCUGAAGCCUGUCUGGGAGUAGAUUACUGGAACUGUUGAGCGGCCAUUUUUUCAAACUACAAAAAAGAAUGUUGGUGAAAUCUGCUUAAUAACCAGCAGGUGUCAAUCACCUAGACGUUGAAUCCUGAGGAUUUUUUUAAAAGGAACAGUACAGAAUUUCCAAUUCUGAAAAAAAAAAAUUAAUCAAAAGUGAAUACUUUAUAAAGAGGGAAAAUGACAAUACAGGAUAUAUAUAUACAUAUAUAUAUAUAUAUAUAUAUAUAUAUACACAUACAUCAUACUAUUUUAUUGGUUGAAAUACCAGAAAACUGUCAUUUUAUUCUAACUAUGCAAAGGAAUGCAAAGUUAAUGAAUCUCUUCAUAGGGAAAAUGCUAUCCUAUGCACCAGUGAUAGUAUUCCUAGGCUGCUCUGUUUACCAAGCUUAUUGGUUACUUCUUUUUUUUUUUAAACCCUUACCUUCUGUCUUGGAGUCAAUACUGUGUAUUGGCUCCAAGGCAGAAGAGUGGUAAGGGCUAGGCAAUGGGGGUCAAGGGACUUGCUCAGGGUCACACAGCUAGGAAGUGGCUGAGGCCAGAUUUGAACCUAGGACCUCCUGUCUCUAGGACUGGCUCUUAAUCCACUGAGCUACCCAGCUGCCCCCUGGUUACUUCUUAAGGCAAUACAAAUGAUAAAGUCAAGUGGAGGCCUAACCCAAAAGGAAAACGAAUUGAGAACUCCUAAAAUGACCCUAAAGGAAACAGUUGACCAAAUACAGAAUAGCUUGAAACAACAAAGCAGGGAAACUGAGGCAAAUAAAACUCAAAUAACAAACCAAACCAGUAGUGACUCCCAGACAGCAAUAAAGUUAGAACAAGAGAACAAAGAACUAGAUAAUGCUGCAGCCUCACUAUUUCCGCUCAGGGAUGUUUCCUGACACAGGAAUAGUCCACGUGAGAGCUCACAAGCCAUUCACAGCAAGAGAUCUCGAGUCUAUCAAAAAGAACUCCAAGAUUUUUUUUUUUAACCCUUCCCUUCUAUCUUGGAGUCAAUACUGUGUAUUGACUUAUAUUCUUAUAUUCUAGGAGCAUCAGGGUGGCUCAGGGGAUAAAGCACCAGAGCUGGAGUCAGAAGGACCUGCCUUAGACACUUCCUAGCUGGGUGACCCUGGCCUAGUCACUUACUCUUGAUUGUCUAACCCUUGCCCUGCUAUCUCGGACUUGUUUCUAAGACAGGAAGUAAGAGUUUAAAAAAAGAAAAGAAAGUGAUUUGGGCUGUUAUGGGAAAGAUAGAUUGGAAAAAUGGAGAGACUGGAGGCAGGAAGUUCAGGUGGGAGACAACGUGAGCCUGAACUCUGGUGGUCAGCUAUGAGCCGGUACAGAGUUAGAAAUGGCCUAAUCAUUACAGCCAGUUGUCCUUCCCACCUACUAAGCUGCUAACACGCUGGGUCUUUAUGAGGAACUUGACCCCUUCCCCAAGGGCCACCUUCCUCCUAUCUUAUGGCAGUUCACUGAAUUCCCAGGGAUCCUGCCCCAAACUGUACAGACAAGAAUUUCAGGUCUCCGAAAAGUGUGUGGGGAGAAAGAAGGAGAGAAUGGGGCCUCAGCACCCCCAAAGCCCAUGGUUCCUUCUUAACAGACCCUACAAAGAGGUCCAUCUCUUCUCUCCACUUGGCUUCCCUGUCCCUGAAAAAGAUUCUCUUGUUCUGACGUGCUCCCUUGGAAUUUAAACCCUUCAUCUCUCCCCUCUGCACACAGAACCCCCCUUUUCAGCUAACUCCUCACCUGUCCCCAUUGUCUUUGGUACACCAGAAAUUUCAGUUUCCUUAAACCCCUGAGAAAACUCGGGCAUCCUGCACUCUGCCCCAAUCUGCCCAAAGGAAAGGGAAUUCAGGGUGUGGCCACACAUACACACACACUCCUCGGAGUGAUAUAAAAAGCUGCCUUGGGGUCCCAGCAAAGGUUAACCGACAAUCUCCAGGGCCAACAAGAGGUAAGAGAAGAGCAAGGAGCAGGGGGGCAAAUGGGGAGCAGAUUAAGGAUCUGAGUCCUGGGUUAGUGGGGAUAGAAAUAACUGGAUUGGAGGGACCAGGGAGAAGACUGAGCAGCAAAGAUGGAGCUGGGGUCCUUGGAAUUCCACUUGUGUUACAGGGAGUCAUGGCAGGAGAAAAAGGAUCCCCAACUGUGGUGGGCUUACUGGUCCUUGGAAACAUCAUCAUCCUGGUAAAUGGAUCCCAUCCCCUUGACCUUUCCCAGGGUCUUCUCCCAGCAGGUUGGGCUUGGGGCUAUAGUGCAGAAAAAUGAAGUUGUAGCUUGUCAAAGGAGUUGGUUCUGAGAAACAGAGGGGAUAGGUUGGGCCCAGAGGUUAGUGGGGACAUGGUACCUUAAGAGUGAGAAGCAAGGGGUUUGCACUGUCCCUCUGCCCUGCUCCCAUCAGCCCAGACCCUUUUUUUGGCAGGGCUGAAAUCCCUGGCAAGGGAUUUGAGUUCAUGUAAAUGGGGGAACAAGAUUAUUGAGUUAGAUGGGGGAAAUAAAACCAUUUAACUGGUUGCUUUAUCUGCUGUUGAUAUGAGAUCGUGGUCACGCAAAUAUGGGGAGAAUGGGGCUGCUCAAAUAUGGUCUGAACAUAUUAAAAAUAAGGAAGAUAAUGCAAAACGUUUCAGUGGGUAUCAGGAGAGGGAACUAGGAGAUGCUCCAGAGCAUUAAGCCUUGCAGGUAAUAAUUGUUGAAUUGGUUCCAGUUGAAGGGCGCGGAGGAUUGCAAGGGACUGGCAGUGGCAAGGAGACUGUCUGGGUGAAAGAUGCUUGAAGCUGGGCUGAAGGGCCCGAUGGUGGGGAGAGGCUGUGUGUGCCCCACCUUGACUAGUGCCUUGGUCCAGAUGUCAGGCUUGGCCCUGUUUGCGGAGACUGUUUGGGUGACAGCAGAUCAGUACCGGGUCUACCCUCUGCUCGGAGUUUCUGGCAAGGAUGACGUCUUUGCAGGAGCCUGGAUUGCCAUUUUCACCGGCUUCUCCUUUUUUGUGGUUGCCAGCUUUGGUAUCGGAGCAGUACUGUGCCACAGCCGAGGAAUGCUUCUCACGUACCUGCUAUUAAUGCUGAUUGUCUAUGUGUUUGAGUGUGCCUCCAGUAUCACAUCCUAUACCCACAGAGACUACGUGGUGUCAAACCCAGCACUUAUUACCAAGCAGAUGCUGACAUACUACAAUGCCCCAACUAGCCAGGGCCAGGAACUAACUCGUUUCUGGGACCGAGUCAUGAUUGAGCAACAAUGCUGUGGUACCUCAGGGCCCCUAGACUGGGUGAACUUCACAUCAGCCUUCCGAGAGGCCACCCCUGAGGUUGUGUUUCCUUGGCCCCCACUGUGUUGCCGUAGAGAUGCCAACUUCAAUCCUCUCAAUGAGGAUGGAUGUCGGCUUGGCCACCAAGACUACCUCUUCACCAAGGGCUGCUUUGAGCAUAUUGGUCAUGCCAUUGAUAGCUACACAUGGGGGAUCUCUUGGUUUGGAUUCGCCAUUCUUAUGUGGACGCUCCCUGUGAUGCUGUUGGCCAUGUACUAUUAUACGAUACUCUGAGACUCACCCAGAAGUGCAUCCCUCUUCCCCAGAAGUAGUAUUUUCUCUUUGCCUAUCCCUUCCCACUGGGACCACCCAUGCCCCACAGAUGGUUUUGUGGGCUCUUCACUCAGACUCUAGCAUCUUCUGUUUGUUCCCAGUUUUCUUUUCCUUCUUCCCCAAAUAAUUCCCCCUUCCUGCUUCUAUGAUAUUCCCUUUCUUCCUCUAUCUCAGGCAUUCUGGUUCCCAGUAAUGGUUGCAAUCUUUCCUUGCCUACCUGCACAUAUUUUGUGUAAAAUAAAAUUUUUUGGUUUUUGUUUUUCCCA